AUGUCAGGAAAGCUCCGCCUUUACAAGGAUAAACUUGAGGGGUACAAUCGUUUUUAUUCGAUUGUAAAAACGAUUAAAAUGGUUACCCUCGCCAAAUAUCGGACUGCUCAAAGUCGUGUUAAGACUCGGGACUUUACACUUCGCUAUACAGAAAAGGCUUUCAGUAAGCCUGAGCUCGCCGAGAGAGACGCCGUAGCCUCCGCAAAGAACUCUAUUGUUUAUAUUCCUAUUACCACGAAUCGAGGCUCCUGUGGAGCUUUGAACAGCAAUACUGUUCGUUGUAUUGACCUUGUUAUGUCAAACAAGAUGCUGCUGAUGCCCAUUGGAAAGCGGGGAAUUGAUUCCUUUUCAAAACUUUACCCCACAGAGUUUAAAUAUGGAAUUGCCAAUGAUAUGAAGGAACCAAUGCAUUUUGCAUAUGCGACAUUUAUUUUUGAAAACGCCCUCAACGUUGCACCGGAGGCGGACCGUUUUCAGAUUAUUUUUCAUCGCUUUGUCUCUGCAGGGGUCCAGAAACAUGCCGUGUAUAAUAUUCCUUCUUAUGAAACAUGGAAGGAGGACAUCGCUGACGCCGCUAGUACUGACAAUCAAAAGAGCCGCUACCUUUUUGCCAACGCCGUGCAAAAUGAGGAGGAGCAGUUUAUCCGAGAUUUCUACGACUUUCAUGCGUCGCUUGCAAUUCUUAACGCUGUAGCAGAAAACGAGCUCUCGGAGCAAGCUGCAAGGCUGGUGGCAGUUGAAGGUCAGUUGACAAACAUCAGCAGCUUGAAGCAGCGAACAAGCUCCUUGUACAACAAGACUCGACAGUCUGGCAUUACUGCGGCUUUGAUUGAGAUUCUCUCAGCCAUGAGCUCUUUGGAGGGGAACGCCGCAAGGGGUGUUCAGCGCACCAACUUCUGGGAAGGGUCGAAAAUGAAGUAG